AUUCUACUCCAUUUUGGUUGUGAGCGUGGAACCUAAUUCGUGUCAUCGAUCAACAUUAUUCUGAACAAUUCAGGACCAAUUCAUUCUUAAUCGUUACGAAUGGUUGUGUUGUUUUAAUUAUGAAAUUAAAGGGAUUGAUAGCUACAAUAUGCCUCAUUUUGGCGUUCGAUAAAUCGUUGAUUCAAGCAUUUUAUUUACCAGGCCUGGCACCGGUUAGCUUUUGCGAGAAGGAAACCCAGGAUUGCAAGAAUCUGAUCAAGAUGUUUGUAAAUCGAUUAGACUCUGUGGAGAGUGUUAUACCCUAUGAAUAUGAUAAGUUUGAUCUGUGCCAGCUAUCUACAGAGUUCAGUCCAGUGGAGAAUCUGGGUCAAGUGGUUUUUGGAGAGCGUAUCCACUCGUCUCCUUAUAAUUUUACUUUCAAAUUGAAUCAGGAAUGCUUCAAUGUCUGCACAAAGCAGUAUGACUUGAAGAACCAAGAGGAUAAGAAAAAACUUAACUUCUUGAAGAAGGGUAUUAUGUUGAACUAUCAUCAACAUUGGAUCAUUGACAAUAUGCCAGUGACGUGGUGUUACGAGGUGGACAAUGAGCAAAGUUACUGCGCUCCUGGAUUUCCCCUUGGUUGCUAUGUCACAAAAGAUAACGUUCGCAUGGAUGCUUGUGUCAUAGAUGUGACGUAUGGUACAGCAGACACAUUAUACGUGUUCAAUCAUGUGGACAUUGUGAUUGGCUACCACACUCUGGAAGAAGACGCACAGGACGCAUCUAGACUUGUAUCAGCUAAAGUUAUACCCAGAAGCUUCAAGCAUCCAAGGCCUGGAGUCUGCUCUGGUGAUGACAUGGAGCCCCUGGCCAUCAAGAUGAAGCUGGAUGAGAAUCCAGAUAAGCUCUCUGUCAGUUACAGCUACUCUGUUAGGUUUGUGGAACAAAAGGCUACCCGCUGGGCAUCCCGUUGGGAUUAUAUCCUGGAGUCGAUGCCGCACAGUAACAUCCAGUGGUUCAGUAUCAUGAACUCUUUGGUUAUUGUUCUCUUCCUGUCUGGAAUGGUGGCCAUGAUCAUGCUACGGACCCUGCACAAGGACAUAACUCGCUAUAAUCAAAUGGACACGGAAGAAGCUCAAGAGGAGUUUGGCUGGAAGCUGGUGCAUGGAGAUGUCUUCCGACCACCUCGUCGAGGCAUGCUACUGUCUGUGUUCUUGGGCAGUGGAAUGCAGAUAUUUGUGAUGACAUUCAUUACAUUGAUCUUCGCCUGUCUUGGGUUCCUGUCUCCUGCAAAUCGUGGAGCCCUGAUGACCUGUGUCCUCGUCCUUUAUGUGCUUUUAGGAACACCCGCUGGUUAUGUGUCAGCCAGGAUAUAUAAAACUUUUGGUGGUGAGAAGUGGAAGUCCAAUGUAAUUCUAACUGCCUUCCUCAUCCCAAGCGUUGUUUUUGCUGUGUUCUUCAUCAUGAAUCUUGUCCUGUGGAUUUAUGGUAGUUCAGCAGCAAUCCCCUUCACUACGUUGGUGGCACUGCUUGCCCUGUGGUUCUGUGUGUCUACUCCACUAACAUUUUUCGGAGCAUAUUUUGGUUAUAAGAACAGACCAAUCGAGGUGCCAGUACGAACAAACCAGAUUCCACGCCAGAUCCCAGAACAGUCUUUCUACACGCGUCCCCUCCCUGGUAUUGUGAUGGGAGGCAUUUUGCCAUUUGGAUGCAUUUUCAUUCAGCUGUUUUUCAUUCUUAAUAGUAUAUGGUCUCAUCAAUUCUACUAUAUGUUUGGCUUUCUGUUUGUGGUUGCCCUUAUUCUAGUCAUCACAUGCUCAGAAGCUACAAUAUUGCUGUGUUAUUUCCAUCUUUGUGCAGAGGAUUACCAUUGGUGGUGGCGCUCUUUCUUGACCAGCGGCUUCACAGCCUUUUACUUCGGAAUCUACUGCGUACAUUAUUUUAUUUCCAAGCUUCAAAUUGUAGGUGGCGCCAGUACUUUACUGUACUUCGGAUACACAUUUAUUAUGGUCCUACUUUUCUUUUUAUUCUGUGGAACUGUUGGUUUCUUCUCUUGCCUGUGGUUUGUGAUCAAGAUCUACAGUGUUGUCAAAGUAGAUUGACAGAAGAAAACAGCAACUAAGCUGGUCAAGACACUUGAUCCUGUAAUGGUUGCCCAAUGUCAAGAAGAAAGGAAGAUAAAUAUUUUUGAAAGUGAUGUUUGAAUGUUCCUUACUUUUGUUUCUUUUUUUCCUGAACUAUUGUAUGUUCUUUGCAGGUCUGGUAAUGAUCACGUUUAUAGUUUUCGUCAUUGUUUUUCUUAAUUUCUUUUUCUCACUGAGUGAAACUGCACCUGAGUCUUGAUUGUUACUUAACAGUCCAUGAGUAAUUAUGAGUGCCUUGUAGGGUAUACUAUUAUGGCCAUAGUUAAACAGGAGGUUGGUAAAUGACAUGAUUAUAUUAAGACCUGCAAACAACAGUAAUGGAAUGCAUUCACAUAUGAUGCCAAUUUGGCUGAUUUUCCAAAGAAGCGAAUGUUAAUAUAAUUAUUUUUGCUGUUACAUGUUAUAUUAUUGUUAUUGUUCAUAAUUUUAUUUACUAUUUUCUUUUACUAAAAGAUGAUUCAGACAUUGAGUCGUACAACACAGCUUGACGCGAUUUCUUGUUGUUUCUGGUCUUUGUGAGUUAAACACAGACGUGGUAGGUCAGCAUCAGGACAGUCUUGUCAUUGAACAUGUUUAAUAUUCUCACGACAACCUCAAUAAAUCGCGGCAGGCUGCGUCGUAUGACACUGUGUUGGCCUUAAUACAUCAUCAUUUAUAACAUAUUUUUAAGGCUGCAAUGGAAAAAACGUAAUAAUAACAAUCUGCAAGAUAUAAUUUGAGUGUAUAAUAUAAUCAAUUUUAUAAUCAGCAUUUAUAUUGCUGUUUUCAUUUACCCCAUAUUUUCAGUGCUGCCUUGAAAGAAAUAAAAAGCCUGCAACUUCUGAUAAUCAUGUUAAAUUACAAUUUGUUAACUCCAUAUCCUUGUCAUCAUUUUCAGUAUCUAUUACUUGCAGUAUAUUCAUUGGUGCUUUAAAUACCAAUUAGCACUUGGGAACAAAAUAUAAAAUAAAAUGACAAAUUAAUUUUUUUUUUUUUAAUGUUUGGAACUGGUAAAACAAAUUAAUGGGGUUUUUUUUCCAAAUUUUUGCAGACUUUGCAAUAAAUGAUAAUUUAAAAUCUGAACAGUGAAAUUCUAAUGGAUUUGAAAAUUUUUUGAUUAAAAAAUCAAUAAUUAUAUGAAAUAUCUGUAAAUAUAUGCGUGAUUUAGGAUAUUAAUAAUAGCUUGCACUUCAGUAAUAAAAACGUUCAGCAUUUAUAUAGUGUCUUUAACAAUCUGAAGACUUUUUUGCCAAAGUGCUUAUGGGGUUAUUGCCAAUGUCAUUGUAACAACUCUACUACCCGAACAGUAGUCAGAAUCUUGCACAUUCACUUUCAUCCCAACCAAGGCCCUGGAAGUCAUUUCAAGUAAGGGGAAGGUGGUUUGGUGCAGCAAUUUCUAUUCAGGUAUGGGCUGUAGCGGUCUUUCUUUGCAUCAUUAACCAAUUUUUUUUGUUUUUAAUAUAUUACAGGGGAACUAACACUAGGGCCAACCUCUAUUCAGGAAACAGCCAGUUGAGUGCUCACUUUAUUAGUUCUGAAAGUGUGACAUAAGGGGUGUACUACUGUAAUUCCUAUCUUGCAGUAGUUCCUAAUAAGAGACAUGUUGAGUAUUGUUGAGAAUGAACCUUUCCAGAGUCUCAAUCAAAUUUAACAACUGACCAAUGAUAACAGGGCCUGGAAUACCCGUGUAUCUAACAAUCACAUGUGUUGUCCCACCAAUGCAUGUGUUUGCGUAAGUUGUAACACUAUUUUGUGGUUCCUUAGCAACAAUAUCCAAAGUCCGUUUAAAAUGUUUUAAUUUUUGUUUUUUUCCUUGGAAAAAGGAAGUAGAAACACUGGAUAUAAUAUCUAUAGUUUUUCCGAUUUUUUUUUAAUACUAAAUAUUGCUCAAUUUUUAGAUUUGAUUCUUCAGUACCUAAAAUGUGAUUUUGUUUUUUUAACUACUAUUAUUGUGGGUUUAAAGGUCACAUUUAUUAGCAAUAAUAAGAUAGUGAAAAUAGGUUAAUAUAUAUUGAAUAUUAUAACAUUGACAUGCAUUUUUUUUUUCGGUGUGGGUUUUUUUAUUAGAUUAUUUGAGUUGUUCAUAUUCCAUUUUCAAAUAAACAUUUUUUACUUCAUGUACAUUAUACAAAAUUAUGUUUCUUGAAUAGUAUAUUCAAUUUUGUCUAAUAGUUAAUUUGAUAAAAGUUGUAUAUGAUGGUUUGGAUACAUUGUAUUGUCUGCUAGGCUUAUCCUAAAAAUCUUCUAUAUGAAUACAAUCUACAAAUAUAAGCUGCAAACCACUUAGGCCACCCUUAACGCAACACCACUAAAAGUUGUUUUCAUUUGAAAGUGUGCAGCCAAGACCAAUGACAAAAAUUCUUUCUGCCCUGGGUUUGACUGCUGAAAUACAUGAAUGCCAAUGUGUCAUUGUGUAACAGAAUAACAUAUAAAAUUUUAAAUAAAUAAGUUUAAGUAAAACUAAUUUUCAUGUUUAAUUAUAUGACGAUUAUCUAAUGCAUAUAUUUAUCUAUAAGGCCAAAUUUUAUAUUUAUAAAAACAUUUUCUUUGUCCCCUCAUCACUUUUUUUUUAAUACAAAGGAAAUUUUGAAGAAAUCUUUGUAAGCAUUGACUUUGUAUGAGCUGUUGAUGACAUGUUCUUAGGCCUAGCAUUGAUCCUAGAUGUACCAAUGUGUGCGUGCUGGCCAUAAGUUUUUGAAAAUAUAAGAAA